AACACAUUACCUGCAUCGCGUCCAUUUCGUAAGCUGGAUAAAAUGGCUGCAGUUUUAGUACAGUGUCUAUUAUACCGUUUUACUACAAGAAGCACGUCUAUUUUAAAUAGCGUAUUAAAGGUUCAAAACAAUCGCGAUUAUCUUUAUCGUGGACGACAGCAUUCGUACAGAGAAUUAUGGACGAUCGCAACGAAUUUGAUCCCUUCUGCAAUGAUGAAAUGUUACACCCAGAGGAACUCUAAACUCAUCGCGAUUGAUUCAACAAUAGGGAUGCCACGAAGCAGGAGGCGUCAUCGUACUCGUAGCCAUUCAAGAGCACGUUCACACUCUGCAGGGUCUCUCUCAUAUGAACACAAGAGACGCCGCAUUGACUAUGAAAGUCCACGAAGUAAAGGAACUUAUAGGUGACAAGACGGACUGAAGUUAAAGGAUGCCGGUCCUCUACGCCUCCAUUCGUCGCCCUUCCUGGAUACCAAGGUGUCUUGGAUGCGAAGAGUGGAAAAGGUGUUGUAAAUUAUGUCCCACACUUGCAAAUGAGAAAUGUUUCUUUGUGCGAGUAAUCUCAUCUGGACAUACAUGCAAUUUAUUUGUACAUGUUUCUUUAUACACAGCGCAGGUAAAAAUGUGGACCAACCUUACAAAAGACACACAUAACAUUUAUCGUUUAAAUAGGUUGUAAUUUGUUAAGUUUAUUAAGUUUAUUAUACAACAAUUGGUGGAGCGUGAAAGUAUUAAAAUCGUCUCGCUCGACGAUUAUUCAGCGCUCCGUUUUAUAUUCAAAAAUAUAAUAUAACGUAAAAAUUGAAACGCGUAAUGUCAUUUGAAAUUUGAAAUUUUCACGAUGAUUAGAUAACAUAGAUUUACUGCACAUAUAUUGCACGCUCGCUUUUCGCGUUUCCGAGGGAUAACAGUUUUAAACGAUACUUUACGAUGCAAUAAAUACUUCUCUUGCGUUUAUCAUUGUUAACGUUAUUACAAAAUUGAUUGCAAAUUGCGCAUUGAUCACCUUCAGAAACAUAAAGCGACAAAGGAUCGUGACAGCGACGAAUGGAUCGUUGUUCUUAAAAAAUAUCUCCAUGUACGUUAAAUACGAUAAAUUUGUUGCACAUAAAAGCUCAAGUUUUAUAUGCGAUAUUCGUGCAGCGAGCCACUGAUAUAAUCUCUGUUCUUCGUGACUUCGAUCCUGCUUCUAUCGUUAAUUUCUACUUUCAUUACUGAUAAAAACGCCUAUGAAACUCGAAGGACCAAACCACGAGUAUCACAUUGUCUAAGGUAUAAAUUUAAAAUAUAAAAUGUAUAAUGAUUACCUGUUUCCAUUUAAAACAAUACCUUUACUUCUGAUAAAAACACGAACACUAAAAAAUCAGAAACAUCUAAUCUUUCUCACGCUAAAAAACUACCUUCUCCAAGAAACUUUUCUUCCUUAGUCAACUACUCAAACAUUCCGCAACCCACAGCGCGCACAAUCGAUCCAAGCCACCCUCGUAAACCGCCUACACGUUAACCUUGCAUCCCUCUAGUCGACGGUCGUAACGUCAGAGAAAGAAAAAGGAAGAAAGUGGUGCGAUAAACCGUAGACUAGACUCCCUCACGCGAUUAAAAGUCGCCAGAAGAAAUGGAAGAGAGAGAGAGAGAAACAUUGUUUGUUUUCUGCGACGAUCCGCUGUGUUUGGCACGGUUUUAGGGGUGGGAGGCAGCGUUGCGGGUAAGAGGACGGCUUUUGCGCAUAAUCCUAUGACCUCUUUAGCGCGAGGAUCCUUCGAAAAGGAUACACGGAAUGCGCUAUCAAUUCCACCUUCUACCGUCGGCGUUUCGAAGGACUGUUUGGCCGUGUUCCAACGCACGAACCAGCAGAAAACUCGCAGUCAAAGGCUACCAUCCGCGACUUUUCGCCGAUCCUUAUUGGCUUAGCGUAGUUUCGUCGCGAUGCCGUCUCGGUCCGCGUGAUUCUUCCUCUUCCGUACGCUCGUCACAGAGUGAUUUACAUCGAGAACAACUUCCUCGACGGAACACGCUUCUGCGUCUCGUCCUUUCAUUUUCUCUCCUCUGUUUUGUAUCCGAUGUUCUUCUUGUCUGGAGAUUAUUGCGAGAAAGGCUGAGAGUUAGAAGAAGAGAAUUUUCGCCAUUCCACGCCGAUCGAGGAGCGUGAAUGUUGAACCGUUGCACUCGACACGCACCAAGAUUUGUUUGUGCGGAGAACGCGUGCUGAGGUCGCGUCAGCACGACCGCGGAACCAGCCAGGAAAGACGGUACAAGCGAAGCCAUCGUCGAUCACCGAGUAGCGGUCGCCAGCACGGGCAUCGUGAUCGCGAUCGUGAUCGUUUGGCGC